CAGCUGGUAUCAUGUACCCCGGUGUCUCCCUCGCGAUGUGCCAUUUGACAAUUGAUAGAAUUUUAAAAAAGUAUAUGGCUAACAACAGCUCACCGGACUACAGAGCACUAUACCUGGAGGCAGAAGAACAGAGAAGAUUGGCCGAGAAGAAAGAAAAACAAGAUCUAGAGCGAGAACAAACGCGUCCUACCAGCUUCGGAGAGCUUAUUCGAUACUGCCACCUUUUUUUUCUCACAGCGUUUGAGAACCGAAGCACCAUCUCGAUCGAUCACGAAAACUGCAGCGCCAGUCAAGAGCAGAUCUAUCGUUCUAAUGCGGGAUUUUUGUUCCAGCCGCGUCUCUACCUGAAGGCCCUCGGAGAUGAAUUCAGCGAAAGACCCAUAAGCAGUGAACAGGAUCUUGAGAGUUACGAACGAUUUUGCGUUGAAAACCACGUUCGCGAUAUUAUUGCAAAGCUGUGCACGAUAAAUGCUGCUCGGGACGAAUUUAGGUUGGGCAAAGAUAUCCAAUUUGACAACCAUGCCAACGCUCUUGACACAAACGAAGAGGACAAAUAUGGGAAAGACAAGUCAACCGGUUCGCGGCGAUCCAGACCCGACCAAUUCUGCGUUCAUCGCGUGGAUGGCGAAAACAAAGCUCUUCUGAUGACGGUCGAAUAUAAAUCAUCUCACAAGCUGUCUGUGGAGAAUCUUCGCGCAGGACUCCGACCGAUGGACUUGUGGCAUGAAGUGGUCAGACCGGAUUCUGUUCCCACGGAGGGGCCUGAGAAACUGAAAUACAACGCCGCCUGGCUGACGGGCUCGGCAGUGGUGCAGGAAUAUCAUGUUAUGAUUCAGGAAGGUCUCGAUGCAAGAAACAGGAUCCGCUACAGCAGCCGGUGA